AUGAGCGGCUGCGCUCCAAUGCCCUCCUCGGUGCGAAAUCAGAUCUCCAAAGUCAGUUUUCGGAAUCUUGUUGUGCUCGUAAACCGAGAGCUGCAUGCAGAGUCACAUCAGAACCCAAGGAAGAGUAACGGCCGCUGGCUUGCCUGGGGUUGGGAGCUGGGUCCACGUGGAUCCGUGGAAGCAGUGAGCUCUGUCGCUGCACCGCAGACCUGCCGCCCCUUGCCCUGCCGCCUGCUGCCGCGAGGUCAACGAGUGAUCUUGGUGUUGCAUUUGCUACGGGAUGGCUCGAGGAUGCAGCUGGAGCUUGCAGCGCUCACCAUCUCCUCGAAAUGGCAUUGGCAUUUUCUGGGUGCACACUCAUUUGCAGCACCUCCGAGCGACGAGGACUCACCCGUCAAGGACGCAGCCUUCAACUUUCGGCCUGCGGUUUCGACAGACAUCGGCGCAACAGUGAGGGUAUUAGCUUCCGAUGCUUUUGCCUUCACUUCCUGGCUUGCUAGCUGUUCCCUUGGGGUAGAUGCCGAUGCGUGA